AAUUAUUAAUAUAUUUUUAAAUUACAUAUUAUUUAUUACGUCGUAAUGACGUCAUCCGAGUCGAUCCCGAGUCGACCCAAAUCGACCCCUAAAACCCUGAGCCCUACCCUCACCGAGUCAGUGUCGAGCCGAGUCUGAUAACAAUGAUUUCCUCCCACCGCCUAACUUUCUUUCCUCUCUCACUCCCUCGCGUGCAUCACCACCACCACCACCCUUCAAUUGCCACCAUAACAUUCUUUCUAUAAAAAAAAAAAAAAAAAAAAAAAAAAAGAGGAGCAAGGAAGCUGAAACUCAGGGUUGAAAUCAAAUAAGAAGAGGAAGGGAUCUGAAGGGGUAUUAAAUUAAUAAAGGGAGGAGCCGAGAGGAGAAGAGCAAGAGAUGAUGGAGGAGAAUAAAAGUAUCAAGGUUGCUGAAACGAGGAAUGAGUUGUACAAAACAUUCUUUGAAAAUGAUCACUUAGUCCCCUUAGCUCUGAAAAUUCAGAACUAAAGAUUUAGAAGGCUAACUUUCGCCAUUUAUCCUGGAGCUAGAACCCUUUCCUAAUGAGAGUUCUUUACUUUUCUUCUCUGUUUAUCUUAGGUAUAUUCAUAAUGUAAGUUAUGGACUUUAUCUUAGGUAUAUUUUUAAUGUAAGCUAUGGACUGCGAAAAUGAACCAACAAAAUUUUGGAAUAGCUUGUAGAACUUGAGGAAAUGAGAGUUUAUUAGCAAAGGUGAGUACUCCUCCUGGGACUUACAUGUGAUUUUCCUCCUUAUAUUGUACUUGUAGAUAUAUAAGAGUUUAUAUGCUUUAAUGAAGUUUCUCAUACCUUUAAAUGUUGUUGGUAUUGUGAUUGAUCAAAUGAACAAAUGCAUGUUAUUUUAUGAUCCCUAGUGUACUUUAUCACUAUGGGAUAAGUGAUAUGUGUUUAAUGGUUAAUUGUACCGAUGUGCUUGAAUAACAAUCUGAAUUGAAUGUGCCAAUGUGUUUGUUUGAAAAUGUGUGAUUGAUUGUACCAAAGUGCCAGUGUGAUAAUGUGAAAUGAGUGUGCUUAUUUGUUAAAUUGACAAUGUGAAAAGUGAUAAAAGAGAAUGAUAACUCGGGUGUACUUUAUCACCCCAAUGAAAAGAAAUGUUAAUGGAAUGCAAUGAAUGAGUGCAUUGAAUGAUUGAAUGCCAAUGUGUGUUUGUUGCUCGAGUGACUAACGUUGCUUGAAGCCUGGGCCCAUUGCUUUGGUUUGUGCGAAGCCUUGCAUGCCGGCAUUGGGCUUGGAUGUUAAGGUUAGCCACCUUGGCCAGUGAAUGUGGUACUCAUGAGUAUCACGUGGUGCCGCUAGUGUUGGCCACAGGGGAUAUAAGGUUUCUAAUGGUGGCACUAAUGUUGGCCACGAAUGUUAAUGAACUGUCAAUGUUAAUGGCAGCAAUGUCAACGUCAAUGACAGUUGACCUCUGAUUUGGGAUUUUCGCUUAUAUGCCACAUAGGUGUAUAGCAGCCCUCACUAUGUCCCUGUAUCCUUCCUUUGUUUUAAAGAUGGCCCUGGCCGGGUCAGUGAUUGUUCUUUCAAUUUAUGAUUAUAAUGUAUCGUAUAAUGCUUAAUGAGACUGUGUAUUGAAUGCUACUGUUGAGAUGAAUGUGAACCACUGAACCUUUCUUUGAGCUUACAUGAUGAGGAUAAAGUUCAGUACGUUUGUAUUACUUCUUUGAAUUUCAAUGUUGAUAAUGCUCUAUUGAACCUGGAACUCUGUUAUGAUUGUUUCUUUUGAAAUGUUUUUGAGCAUUUGAAUGUGUGAAAAUUGCUUAUGUAUAGUUCAAUAGGUUAGGAUAGAGAGGACCUCAUUGAGCGCUAGCUCAUCCCUCUAUAUUUUACCUUCAAAGUCCCAGGUUUAACAGGAGAGCAUGACAGUGAAUUGAACGUGGAGAUAAGUAUGGUGUUCACCAUGUGUAUAGUCUAAGUUUAUGCUUUUGCAGUUUAUGAACUGAUGCAUUCUCAGAGUUUUGCAAACUGAGGUAUAGUUUUUGCCAAAGGCUCUUUUGUAAGGAGUGUAGCUAUUGUGUAAACUUAAUAGUAAAUAAUAAAUUAUUUAUAAUUUAUUUCUGUUCCACGAUGCCUUGAGCGAGAGAUCGCUCGGCGGGCGGCCCUCAAGAGUUUUCAGCUCGUCUUAAUUUGAGCUUGAAAAUUGGGGUCGUUACAGGUGGUAUCAGAGCAUAGGGAAAUGAACCUAGGGACAAAUAUAGACAAGCUGAGGGUUAAUGUUAGAAAUUUAGAUAAGUGAAAAGCUUAGGUAUGGACUUACUCAAAAUUUAGCUAAUAUUUAUAUGAGAGUUCGAUUGCAAAGCUUUUAUGCAUGGAUGCUCACCGAUCCUUCUGGGAAUGAUCAACCUGAGGAGUUGAAUUGGGAACUCCAGAAAAGGCCGGUAUUGUUAAAUGGGGAACAACGACGGUUGUUGGAAUAUUUGCAGGAAUGUUAUAUGGGGGUAGCAAGGAGGCAUCAGCUUCUGUUAGUAAGGACGCUGAAGUCAUGUUGAAGCUUGGCAGUACACCUGACAAACGGGAACAAUACCGGCUGAUGCGAGAUGCUAUGGAAAAAAGAUUCAUUCGAGUUACUCGUGGUUCUAUAGUUGGUGGAGUUCGCCUUGGGAUGUUUACUGCUGCUUUCUAUGGUUUGCAAAAUUUACUUGCAGAAAAAAGAGGGGUCCAUGAUAUUUAUAAUGUUGUUGCUGCUGGUUCUGCUACCGCAGCAACAUUUGGUCUAAUAAUGCCUGGAUCACUCCAUUGGCGCUUAAGGAAUGUGAUGCUGGGAUCUGUUUUGGGUGCGGGAGUUUGCUUUCCUCUAGGUUGGCUUCAUUUAAAACUUGUAGAAAAAGCAAAUGAGGGAAACACCAUCUCUGCUGGUAAUCCAGUUGAAGCAAAGAGCGGUGUUGGUGGUGCAAUUGAGAGGCUGGAGGAGCAACUAUCGAAAUAACUAGAUGGACCUAAGGCACUCAAAGUGACAAUAAUAACAUAGUAUAUACUCUAUUCGACCCGAACAAAUAGUUUACUUUAAUGUAAUGUUCGACUUCAGCAAAACGGAUUAUUUUCUUAGAAUAGAGUGAUAAUAUGUUUUUUUUAUUUAUUUUUAUUUUGUAAGAGAACACAAAAAAUAGAAUAGGGUUAGAUAUUGAACAGUUGGCAUGCAUUUAUUCAGUGAGCAUCUAUAUUUCUUUAAUAGAGAGCAUUAUCCUACUUCCUCG